UCUGCGAGUGCGCGUCCGCGUCCGCGAGACUGUGUAGUGGCUGUAAUGUAUUUGAUGUUCUCAUUGGUGCCUCCCCUCUAACAUGUCACAAUUUCUGGUAGAUUAACCCAGAUAUGGGGAGCAUCAUCAGGUGUUGAAGUACCACUAACGCUCUCUUAACCCUUGUCUUCGAGGCAUCCACCUGCAGGAACAAGCACCUGCUGACUGAAAAAAAGUUCAGAAACUUGUGCAACCAACUCAGGAACAACACAUAUUUCAACAUGUUUUCUUCCAUUUGAUCGAUUAUUUUACCAACGCCUUGUGCCUUUAAAAUGCAUAGUGUUCGAGACUCCACCAACAUGCUAUUCUCUUCAUCUUCAACAUUGCCAAUGUAUUUAUUGAUGACGUCUCUGCUGGUGAUGGGCCUGGAGGCUGCGGCCACCGCAGGGACCACGCCGGGCUGCGCGUCCUGCCGCAUGCCGCUAAUGGAGAAGGAUGCGGAGCAGAGGCUCCUGGUUGAAAUCGCCAAGCAGCAGAUCUUGAACAACCUGCACCUGAAAGAGAGACCAAAUAUCACAUCGACGGUGCCCCGCGCUGCACUUCUCACCGCGCUCCGCAAACUGCACGCGGGACGUGUCAGAUCGGACGGCACCUUUGAACUUGAAAACAAAAUCAAGGAAACCAAAGAUCCGGGAUAUGAAAUAGUGAGCUUCGCAGAAAUAGAUGAGAUGAACACUACUACUGGAGCCCAGCCAGGCCUCACCUUCCAGUUCCUACAGGAGAGAGAACACAGCAUCCAGGUGCUUCAGUCUGCCCUGUGGCUGUAUGUCCACUCCUCCGACACCCCUAACCGGGGUCCCCGCCCCACCGCCACAGCCCACAUUUACCUGUCUAGCCCUGGGGAAGGCAGAUCCAACCACACCCUCCUCUUGGAGAAGAUCUUGGAUGUGCAGAAGAGCAACUGGCAUACCUUCCCCAUCACCCACACCCUACAGGCGUUCAUGGACGGGAGCAAGCGGCUGCUACAGCUUGAGGUCAUCUGCAAGGAGGCCGGGUUUGAGCCGGGCCAAGGCCAGAACCUGUGUGAGCUGGGUAAGACCAUGGACAUGGCUCAUCAGCCAUUUGUGGUGGCCCAGGUGCGGCUCCGUGACAACUCCAGGCACAUCCUCCAGAAGAGGUCUCUGCGCUGCGGGGACAAUGUCAGCGUUUGCUGCAAGAAGGACUUCUAUGUCAAGUUCAAGGAUAUCCAGUGGCAGGACUGGAUCAUAGCACCUGAGGGGUACCAUAUGAAUCACUGUAUGGGUCAGUGUCCCCAGGCCCUGGCCGGGUCUCCGGGCAUCGCGUCUUCUUUCCACGCCACAGUGUUCAGUCAGCUCAAAGCCAACGGCAUCAAUUCAGCGGUGUCUUCUUGCUGCGUGCCCAUCCAGCGUAGGCCUCUGUCUAUGGUCUACUUCAACUCACAGCACAGCAUUGUCAAGACCGACGUCCCUGAUAUGAUCGUAGAGUCCUGCGGCUGCACGUAAACACAUAAAAGAGAAAGACCAGACAUUCAGCUUAUGAUGCUUUUAGUCUGAGAAGACUAGAUUGAAUUUGUUACACACACACACACACACACACACACACAUAAUUUAAGGUAUUCCGUCUCUAUCAAUUUGAUAGAUGGUUUUUGCACAGAAAGUGAGAAUGAGGCUUCAAUGUCUUGUAACUAGCAGACCUGGUUCAAAUACUAUAUAGGGUAUUUCAAUUACUUUCAAAGACAUUUAGAAGUAAGUAUUUCAAUAUAUAUAAUUAAAAAAAAAAUGUUUUAAGACGUAGUUGAAUAUUGUAAUAUAUUUGGAAAUACACUUGGAAAGUAUUUGGAAAUACACUUGGAAAGUAUUGGAAAAUACUUACAUACACUGACUCAAAUACACUCCCAGGCAUUUGAAAAUAGUAUUUGAAAUAAAUAUUUGGAAAUACUUUCAAAUAGUAGGCUAUUUAUGGGAAAUUAUUUGAAAAUACUUUCAAAUACUUACAAUAGAAGUAGUUGAUUAGGGCCAUAUUUUUGGAAAAAUACUGAGAUACACAGAAAAUAAGUAUUUAAAUAUCAAAUAAUCAAAUACACAUGUAUUUGAUCCCAGGUCUGGUAACCAUGCCAACGGGGAAUAGUACUGAAUGUUAAUAGGGUUUGGUCAGUCAUGUGGUCACACAAGACACAUGACGGAAAGAGGAGAGAGAUUAAUAUAUAUCUAACCUUCUUUCAUUUUUUAACAUUUUAAUCUAUCAGCUGUGUUAUUACUUUAUCUUUUUAUACUAAAUGUGUUGUGUAUACUGGUGAAUGUGAGUUAAAAUGCAGUAAGAUUUAUUGCAGUCAGUCAGCGCCUGGACUUCAGAGAAAUGUACUAGAACAUAUCUGAGCUUUACAAAGGCUCUUUAGCUGCGUUUCCUACAUGUUGUGUUGCAUUGACAAUCUUCACACACAUACGACGUACGUAUCUGACUGGAAAUAUCUAUCGUAUAGGCAGUGCCAUUGUACCAGUUUUAUUCUCUAAAUUAUGAAGUUGUUCGACUCCUACUAGUACAAUACAAGUACUGUUACAAUACAGGCAUUUGGACUUCAAUUUAAAAAAUAAGAUUGCUAAAAUAUGUGUUUUUUUGUAAGGUUGAUGGCUAAUUGGGUGUUCUGAUACUGUAGACUCAUUCUGUAUUCGAAACCUUCUUGAAAUCCACAGAGCUACAUGCUACACUCUAAGAAAAAAGGGUUACAAAAAGGUUAUUUGUCUGUCCCGAUAGGAGAACCCUUUUUGGUUCCAGGUAGAGCCCUUUUUAGGUUCCAGGUAGAACCCUCUGUGGAAACGGUUCCACAUAGAACCAAAAGGGUUAUACCUGGA